UUUUGGAUUUGAUAAUAAUGUUAUUGUUAUUGUACCGAUUUCCUAUCACCUUGGUCAUCAUCUGGACGAGAGCAGUGCGGUUCACUUACACGACAUUUCCGUUCGCAAUAUGAUAAACGCUUGACUACGAUUUGUAUUCGGUAAUCACUGACUGAUCACGCACUCGGUAUAAUAAUAUUACAAUGGUUUUCGUUGCAACCGAGCCAUUUGCGUAACAUAGGAUUUAUAACAGUGGCGCCCACAGGUUAUCCAUGAACCUGUAAUGAAUGGAAAAAAACCAAGAAAAUUACCGGUGAUGAUUAUACACAUCUAAAUCAUUUAUCUAACUAUGUUAUUAACUAAUAUAUUACCUCUCCGAUCCUCGUAGCGACUUCUCAGUAGAAAUUGUGAUUAGCGUCUGAACUAUAGGAUGAGGUGACCGAUUUGUUUUUGAAAUAACCAAGACUCGUUUAUUCGUUUAUUAUUAUACAUUUUAUUUAAACACACAUGAUAAAUAUAAAAAUAAUAUGCGUAAGAGCAAUAUGUAAGCGUUCGUGACAUGAAGAGCUGCUCUGUCUGGAGAAUCGAUGAUCGGCCUCCUUACAUGUCAUAUUUUGUGAGUGUGUGAUCCUUUAUCGCUUUUUUGUCCUAUACAAUAACUAUAACUUAUUCUAAUGCUUUCGAUGAUUAUAAUUAUUUUAUAAUCAUUUUAAAUCUAAAAGAUAUAUAAUGGCUUAAUCGCACAUCAUUCACACCAGUGCAGUUAUAAUUAUACUAGGGCCACCAAAUUUAUUUUUGUCUACAUCCAUACGACCAUAUUCGUUUGAUUCGUAAAUUCGUUUGUUUGAAAUAAUUUUUUUUCAAAUGGAUGUUUACCUUAAAUAAAUUAAAAAAUAUUGCUAAUUCUGAUGUAAGUGACAAAGCAUUAGCACAAACAAUACUUGAUAAUCUUGAAAUCAUGGGACUCGAAUUAAUUUACUUAAUUGGACAAGGCUACGAUGGAACGGAGGCUAUGUCCGGGAAAUUUAAUGGAACACAAAAACAUAUCAAUGAUAAAUAUCCGACGGCUUUAUAUAUCCACUGUGGAGCACAUAGCCUAAACUUGGCUAUUUCAUUUAGUUGUAAUGUAACUGAUAUUCGAAACUGUAUGGACACAAUGCAAUCUAUAUGUAACUUUUUUGGCUAUCCUAAAAGACAAAAUGUACUUAAAAUAUCAAUUCAAAAUGAAUUACAUGAAUCAAAAUUGAAAAAACUAAAAAAAUUUUGCCCUACAAGGUGGGUUGAGCGCCAUGACGCUGUAUUUGUCUUUCAUGAACUUCAACCUGCAGUUUUGGAUGCACUUAAUGAAAUAUCUACUUGGAAAGAUACUGAGAUUUCUGCUUUAGCUAACCAACUUAGUUCCUCCAUCCAUCGAUUAAGGUUUUAAGUAGCCUUAUUGAUAUUAGUAAAAGUAUUUGCAAUAACUGCUCCUUUGUGCAAAUUUCUUAAAACUAAAAAUUUAGAUUUAGAAUCUGUCCUAGAAUUUGCUGAUAUGACUCAAUAAACUAUAAAACAAAUCCGUGAUAAUGCUAAUGUUGAGUUUGAUGAUAUAUUUAAAAAUUUUGAAGAUGUCUGUAUUAGUUUUGAUAUAACUGUUAGUGUUCCAAGAGCAACAAGUCGACAAAAAAAUAGGAUUAAUGUUAUGAAUAAUAAUCCAACAGAAUAUUAUAGAGUCUCAAUAUUCAUCCCAUUUCUUGAUAAUUUUAUUGAACAACUCCAUGGACAAUUUCUUGAACAUAGGGUCAAACUAAAAAGUUUCAAUUGCUUAUUACCUAAGACUAGCAAACAAAUAUCCGAAGAAACUUUUGAGGACUUCAAAAUUAUGCACAAUUUUUAUACUGAUAUAUUAAGUUACAGCAACAAUUUGACUAGCCUAGAAGUAAAUUAUGGUGAACUUAAACUGUGGUAUAAUAGUUGCGCAUUCAAAUCACCAAAUUCGUCGUUAACAAUAACCGAAGUAUUUUUCCAUUGUAAUCCUGAUUUUUUUCCUGUAAUCUCAAAGUUAUUGCAAAUAUUAAUUACACUACUAGUCACAACAGCUACUGGAGAGAGGUCUUUUUCUUCCUUGCGUCACUGAAAAAUUAUCAGAAAUACUACUGGUCAAAUGAGACUAAAUGGAUUGGCAGUCCUCAAUAUACACCAGAAUAUUUAUGUUAAUCCAUUGAUGAUAAUUGAUGAAAUGGCUAAAACUUCAAAACGAAGACUCAAUAUUAAUCUAUAAGUGUUUUUUGUUUGUUUUUUUUUA